AAUAAUAAAAUCCAAGAUGGCGCAGGGUACAGGCAAUGGUUUUGGCCAAUAUCAUUGUAACUAUUGUCAAGCUGACUGUACGACUCUGCGGGUGAAAUGCGCUGAAUGUCAAGAUUUCGACCUUUGUGUUCAGUGUUUCGCAUCGGGAGCAGAAAUGGGCGAACAUAAAAGGGACCAUAAUUAUCAGUUAAUCGACAAUGGUACCUUCCCUCUGUUCUCGGAAGAUUGGUGUGCGGAGGAAGAAAUGCUUCUCCUAGAUGCAGUAGAACAACAUGGUCUUGGAAAUUGGGUGGACAUUGCUGACCAUAUAGGAACAAAGCCAUUUUCAGAAACCGAAGAUCAUUACAGUGGAUGUUAUAUUGAAGGCCAUGUGGGGAAAGCCACAAUACCAGAGUUUGUAUGUAAAAUCACUGAUCACACAGCAACAUCCACAGGUGAACUCUCACCAACCCUCACUCAUCCUCCAGAAGUCUUAGAGAUGACAUUAACAGAGCAACAGGAUCUUGGUUACCUGCCAUUUCGAGAUGAUUUUGAUAAGGAACAUGACAAUGAUGCAGAAACGUUAAUUAGUAACAUUCAACAUUCUCAUGAAGAUGAUGAGUUGGACUUGGCUUUGAAACAUGCGUUGUGUGACAUAUACAUUGAACGGCUCAAGGAAAGACAACAUCGAAAAACGAUCGCCAGGGACCAUGGGCUGAUUACAAGCAAGCACAAACUCACAGCUUCAAGAAGGAAACUUUCUAAGGAAGACAGAGAUUUUCGUGAUGCUGCCAGAGUAUUCGGGCGUCUUCAGCCAGCCGAAGACUGGGAACGAUUCUUAAAUGACCACACUAGACAAAGAGAACUUCAAUUUCGUAUUAAAGAACUGAUACGAUACAGGAAAAAUGGCAUUACGAAAUUAUCAGGUUGUCGCGAGUAUGAUGAACUAAAAUUGAGACGAGAAAAACUUAAAGAAAAUCGCAAAAAACUGGAUGCUUGUUCCCCCAGGAGAAUGAACGUGGCGACAAAAAAAGACCUCAAAGUUGAUAAGAAAAAAAUGGAAAAGAAAGAGUCCUAUACCACCGCAUCGUUUUCGGAACUGAUCAAUGGUUAUGUGGGCUUCGAAUUAUUGUCUAUUCGUGAGAAACAGCUUUGCAAUACUUUACAAAUAAAACCAGCGUUCUACCUGACGAUAAAAGGCAUUGCUUUGAAGAACCAUUCAUUGCGAAGACGGGGCAGUUCUGUUAAGACUCGUUAUCCUCCGUGCGUUGGAAAAUCGCAAAGAAAACGUCUUCUGUUGUUCUUCAAAGAAUGUGGAUGGCUUCAGAACAGCUGAGACUAAAUCUUAUUCACACACUUGAACAAUAAUACGGCAAGCGUAGGUUCUAUAAGCGCUUUAUACGGAAUCUCACAGACUGUGUAUCGUCGACUAGCUUACCUUGUUGUAAACGGGUAAGUUUUUAUCAAAGUAGAUUAUUGUACUAUCCAAAUUUUAUUUAACUUAAAUGAAUUAGAACAACGCGGUUCGAGGAUCGACAGCGAGUUUAUACAAUUGAUGGUGUCGUGCAUAUAUCGUUUGAAAUACCACUUAAAAAGUCUAUAGAAUUAUAGACGUUUCUAUAAGGGACUGUUUACGUUAUUCCGCUUAGAAGAGGUUAAACCAAGUGUGACAUGAAUUUUUGUAUUGGAGUGAGCAAAAAAAGCAUAGAAGUGUCGUAGUCAUCCCGUCAAUAAUAGCAUGUGCUUGUUUGGUUCUUAGGGGCUGUUCACACGAGCCGUCUGGUAGUCGUGUAAUCAUAUUCACAAUAGCAUGUGAUUGUUCGGUUUUAAAAAGACUUAUUUAUUUCAAUACUUCAAAAUACGCUUCGUUAAAUCUCGGUAACCGGGCUCGUGUAAACCAACAACCCCAUGUGCCAACAGCUCAUUUUAUUUUAAUACCUCGAGAUCGUUUCACGCUUUGUAAAACCUUAUGCAGGUAACAGAGAUCAUAGGAUGCAGUCCCUCAAUCUUACUUUAUAAAUACAAAGCUGUGUUAAAGGCGGUGUUACACUAUGCAAUUUUCCUUGCAACU